AUGACGUACGCGAGCAGCACACAAGCACUUAAACCAGUUGUAAAUCCAGACAACUCCAGUACCUCUCCUGCUGUUCGCCUCAGCAGCUUUUAUACCCCAACACAUGACUAUCACAAGAAACAGAAUGCCCUCAGAGCACUUCAGAAGAAAGCUCUGGAGAAGAAUCCUGAUGAGUUCUACUUUAAAAUGAUACGUGCAGAGCUCCAGGAUGGAGUUCAUAAAAUAAAGCAGCCAAAGGAUGAAGUGACCCCGGAGCAGGUGAAACUGAUGAGGACGCAGGAUAUUAAAUAUGUGGAAAUGAAAAGAGUGGCAGAAGCCAAGAAAAUCGAGAGGCUGAAGUCGGAGCUCCAUCUGCUGGACGCUGCGGGGAAGAAGCCCAGCAAGCACGUGUUCUUUUUUGAUAGCAAAAAAGAAGUUCAGGAGUUUGAUAUUGUGACUCACCUGGAUACUGUUCCAGAGCUUGUAGACAGAGUGUACAACCGUCCCACCGUCGCAACGCUGCAGAACGAGGCGCUGAAGGGAGCUACUGACCCCGCCCACCUAAAGAAAUUAGCCCAGCAAAGGAAGAAUCAGUAUGACCUCCUGAAGCAGCGCAUUGAAAGAGAAAAGGCCAUGUUUGUUGUUGCACAGAAAAUCCAGACACGUAAAGAUCUGCUGGACAAAACUCAUAAAGUAAAGGUGAAGAAGGAGACAACAAAUGGUCCAGCUAUUUACAAAUUCAAAUUUCAGCGGAAGCGUUAG